GGCAAAAGAUAAUCUUCUUUUUGCGCAUAACGUCGUACAAUACUGUACAUACACCGUUACCAUUGAGGGAUCAUUCCGAGGAUCACUGUAUAGCACCAUCCAUGACCUACUUUCUAUACCAGUGUAACCAAUAACUUGAGUGUUGACUCGGAGUUCUGACAUCUGUUUCUUCUCCCCAAUACACGCACCAUCCCCGUAUCCUUGUAGAUGCAUGCUCCAGCUAUCAUGGCUUCUUCUAUUUGGAGAUGCGCCAUACUAGCCUCUGUGCUGUUCUCAGGCCGGAGUAUAGCCCAGACAUACACAUCAUGCAACCCUCUAAGUUCAACCUGCCCCGCGGAUACCGCCCUCGGCAUGGCCAUAGACGUCGACUUUACCCAAGGAGAGGUGAACUCGUUCACUACAUCAGGCGGUCAACCCACAUACGGCUCCGACGGCGUAACGUUUACGGUUAGACAGAGCGGCGACGCGCCGCAGCUUUCUUCUGUCUUCUACAUCAUGUUCGGCCGAGUCGAGCUUAGCUUGAAAGCUGCCCCCGGCGCCGGCAUCGUGUCUUCCCUCGUAUUACAAUCCGACUGUCUCGACGAGAUCGACUGGGAAUGGCUGGGCGCUGACUCGACCGAGGUACAAUCGAACUAUUUUGGAAAGGGGAUAACUGCUUCCUAUAAUCGCGGACAGUUUCAUGAAAUGGGAAACAACCAAGACGGUUUCGUUACCUACGUGAUAGAUUGGACAAGUGAUCGAAUCAUCUGGACCGUGGAUGGGACCGCGGUGCGGACGCUCCAAGCUUCGGAAGCCGAACAGGGCCAGUACCCUCAAACGCCAAUGCAGGUUAAAUUCGGCGCAUGGUCUGGGGGCGACUCUAAUAAUCCCCAAGGCACGAUCGAUUGGGCGCGCGGCCCUACCGACUACUCCCAGGGGCCGUUUAGCAUGAGCGUAAAGAGCGUCAAGGUGACAGAUUACAGCACAGGUCAUUCUUAUACUUACGGUGAUACUUCCGGCACAUGGCAAUCCAUCCAGGCGGACGGCGGCCAGGUCAAUGGUAAUUUGGGUAGCGCCGGCACUCUUACUACCACCGCGGUUGCGAGCGGUUCGACCGCGACCGGAUCGGCUAAUGUUCCUGCCGGCGGCAUAGGCGGUUCAGAUAACCAGGGUUCAACCUCCUCUAAUAACUUACCCGAGGGUUGGGUUAUGACUUCGGAGGGGAAGAUAGUGCCAUCAAGUUCGACUAUCUUACGUAUGUUCAAAGUCCCCCCCGCCGCUUAGAUAUGAGACUAACAUGUGUACUCCUUAGGCCCUACAUACCACUUCAUCUUUAUCUUCACUCUCUGCGCUAUCUUGGCGAGUAGCCGAAGGUUUUGGCCUUGAAGCACUGCGGUAUGACAACUGCGCUAAGGCAGACAGCGGAGUAAUAAACGAUGAAAAGCAAAUUAAGUAUUAUCAUGAGGAUGACUUCUUAUGAGUAGAGGAUUUUACGUUUUACGACCGAGUGCGUCACAAAUUCUCCUGAAUCGGAGACUGCAAAUUAGUAGACAUAUGCUUUAGUCGUGGGACUAGGGAACGUGUCCGCGCAGGGUUACGGUUCCGUCUAUCAACAAAUCAACUGGCUAGUCGAUACGAGCCUAUUAACCCCAGUCCGACGCACCUACGGCCCCCAAUCCGACGGUCGCUGCAGGAAGUACGUACAA